AUGGCGCGCAAUUUCCGCGGCGCUGCUGUGCUUCUUUUUUGUGGAAUGAUGAGUUGCUUUGUCGGAAUACUCAAGGAGCCGCUCAUGCCGCGCAGUAGUGUUUUGAGGUACGGCUGGGCGGACAAAGAUUGGAACUGGGGCUCUCCCUUUGGUACCGCACAUGAUGAGGCAAUGGCACUUCGAGAACGUUUAGAUACUCGGGAGCAGCGGGCAAGCUGGGCCCAACGGCUGGAAUCUGGUGAGGUGGAUUUGGAGGAGAUGAAGUUGGCUUUGGGUCUUCGCAUCCAGCAUGCUGCGCGAGCUGGCAUGGAUGGAGAUGGUGCCGGGUGGACCCUGAUGCAGGACAUGGCGGCCUGCAAGUACGAAGGCUCCGACGGGCCAAAACUCUUGAAGGAGGACCUUGAUCAAUUAAUUUCGGCCAUCUCAGGGAACUCGAAGGACUUUUCCUCAAAAGAUGUCAUGAACAGUGGAGCAUUGGCGCUCAAAGCCAUGGGCUUCAUGGAGGGUGGCCGAAUUGUUCUGGGUGCCACUUUGUCACCUGUGAGACAGCGCACAAAGUGCAAUGUGAAAAG